AUGAAUCGAGAAUUCGUAAAAAAGAAAAAACGAUCAUAUACAGUUGCUCACAGCCAAGACAUGUUGGAUUUAGCAUUAGAAUGCCUAAGAAAAAGACAGAUGUCUUCUUACGAAGCUCAGAAACGUUUUGGUAUACCAAGAAGUACUUUGCUAGAUAAGUUGAAGAAAAAACACGAAAAGGCUGUUGGAUGCCCCACAAGAUUGACUACACAAGAAGAAAAUCAGCUCAUUAAAGCUCUUGUUGCUGCAGCAGAUUAUGGCUGUCCACUGACAUUAUUGGACCUAAGACUGAUGGUCCAUAAUUAUCUGGAAAAAAAUAAUAGGGACAUCUUUAAUGGGAAAUUACCCGGACCGAAAUGGGCUUACGGUUUCCUAAAACGUCACCGUCACCAGUUGUCACUACGGGUGACAGCAAACAUAAAAAAAACUAGAGCAGAAAAGUCCUGUGAAGAACUGCGUGAAUAUUUUGACAACCUUAAAGAAACUCUAGAACAAAUACCAAAAGAGAAUGUUCUUAACUAUGACGAGACGAAUCUUUCUGAUAAUCCAGGAAAAGCAAAAUGUAUUGUUAAAAGAGGAGCCAAAUAUCCAGAGCGUAUAAAGAACCAUACAAAAGGUUGCAUAUCUAUAAUGUACGCAGCAACUGCCGAUGGAAGUAUACUACCAGAAUAUGUAGUAUAUAAAGCAAAUAAAGUAUGGACCCAGUGGGUGUUAGGAGGACCUCCUCAAACGCGCUACAGCUGUUCCAAGUCUGGGUGGUUUGACAGCACCCUGUUUGAAAAUUGGUUCUCUACAAUAAUAGUGCCUUGGGCAAGAAAGCUUUCAGGACCCAAAGUUAUUAUAGGGGAUAAUUUACAGUCCCAUAUUAAUCCCACUAUUGUAAGUCUGUGUGAGCAACAUAACAUUCGUUUUGUGCUGUUGCCAACAAAUUCUACCCACAUAACGCAACCGUUGGACGUAUGUGUCUAUGCCCCUCUUAAGAAACUAUGGCGUAACAUAUUACUCAAAUACAAAAUGCAAUAUCCCUCUGAUAAUGGAUUAAACAAAUGUCAUUUUCCAUUAUUACUAAAACAAUUAAGAGAAGAAUUGUUACAAAGAAAAGAAAAUGUUAUCAGUGCUUUUGCUUCUACUGGGAUUUAUCCAUUUAAGCCGGAACAAGUCCUUAAAAAACUGCCUGAUUAUAAGGAAGCUGUGGAUUAUGGCGUUGAUCAAGCUCUUAUUGACUACUUAAAAGAAGUGAGAUUACCAGCUAGCAAACCGCAAGAAAAAAAAGGCCGGAACAAGAAAAUAAAUAUAGAACCCGGUAAAUCUAUUUCCUCUGAAGAUUUUGCGUUUACUGUAAAUCUCGACUUUGAAGUGACUACUGCAAAGCGAAAGAAAAGAUCUUCAGUUUGUAUUGAAGAUAUGCCCGCAUCGAAGACUUCAGAGCCGAUAUCGCCAGAAAAAAGAGUACUGAUUACAUCGAAUGUUUUGCUCACAACUGAUAAUACAAGGGUUCAAAAUCAAUGGAGCGCACAGAAAACGUCAUUGCAAACUGCUUAUUUUACGCCACAGAAAUCGUGCACUGUUAACGAUGAUGAUGAAGAUAUGCCAAAGAUGAAGCCAAAAAAAGUUAUAACACCGGUAAAGAAUCGUCUGUUCGUUGAAGGAAGUUCUGAUGAAGAAGAAGAUAACUACACAGUUCAUGACAGUAGCAGUUCAUGUGGAUCAAACUUUAUUGAAGAUGACAAAGAGAACAGCGAUGGUGAACAGAAAACAGAAUACAUCGAAAUAGAUAAUAAUAUUAUAGAUGAAAAAAAAAUUGAUGAAAACUCUUACCUUUUAGUAAAGUUUAAUGUACAGAAGGGAGAUAAAUACUAUGUUGGAAAAGUACUAAAUAUUGAUUUUAAUAGUUUUAAGAGCAACACAUGA